AGGCGGCCGGGGAGUGAGCGCGGGCUCGCUGGGUCCCGAAGGCGAGUGGCGAAGGCCGCUCGCCCGGGGCGCCGACGCCGCUCCCGGAGAGGAGGGGGCGGGGCGCCCGGGUCCCCGGAGGUGGCGCCUUUUGUUUGCCUUCUCUGGCCGCUCCGCCCUCCUCCCUUCUCCUGUCCUGCGACCUAGCCCCUUGCCCCUCUCGUGGACGCCUCCUCAGGGGCCCUCUGGCGCGCGCGCUCCCGCCCUUGUUUUGUUUGGACUUGGGGGAGGAGGGGGAGCUCUUCCUUGGCCGUGCGACCCUGCGUCCCAGCGCGCCUGCGUCGGCGUCCUCCGCCCGCCCCGAUUGGCUGUGGGCUGCGCAUGCUCCGAGGCCCGCCGCGGCCCGGCGUCCGCCCGCGCCCUCCCCUCACCCCAUUCCCUCAGCGGUUUUCGGAGCCGGUUAGAAAGAUGCCGGCGGCGGUGACUGGCUGCGGCGGGCCCGCCCCCCGGGUUCUCCGCCCCCGCCGCCGCCAUUACGGAGCUCCCAGUGGUGAGUGUGCGGAGCACUGAGGCUCGCGUUCCUCCGCUGCUUCUGCCGCCGGGCGGGCGCCGCGGUUUCCCCGCCGAGCGUGAGCCCCGAACUGUCUCCGCGCCGAGCCCCCACCUCGUUCGUCGGUGCCUGCGGUCUCGAGCUUUCCCCGCCUUGCUGGCGGCCGGCGUUCUCCCGCGCCGUGCGCGUUCGCCGCUGUGGCCUGUGGCUGCCUCGCCUCUCCGCUUUGUCUCCGCUGCUCUUGCCGUCCUCCCCGCGGCCCUCUGCGGGCGGCGCUGGCGGCUGUCGCUUUGCUGCUCCGCGACGGCGGCCUUGAGUCUCGCUUCCCUGGUGGCAAACCUAGACCUGGUUACUGCCACCUGAGGCGGUGGGAGCUGAGUGAGAGCAGAGCCUCGGUGAACUGCGCUGCCGCCUCCGCGUGCACGUUCUUUGUGGUGUUUAUCGCACUUCCGGACUUGGCAUCAGUUUGAAAAGUUGAUUCUUCACCACACUGAAACCAUUAGGAAAAAUCCUUGUGGUUAACAGCAGAGGCUUCAGAGUGUAACCUGUACUCGGGCCUAGAAAUUAUUUAAAAUGGCGACUGAUACGUCUCAAGGUGAACUCGUCCAUCCUAAGGCACUCCCACUUAUAGUAGGAGCUCAGCUGAUCCACGCGGACAAGUUAGGUGAGAAGGUAGAAGAUAGCACCAUGCCGAUACGUCGAACUGUGAAUUCUACUCGGGAAACUCCUCCCAAAAGCAAGCUUGCUGAAGGGGAGGAAGAAAAGCCAGAACCAGAUGUAAGUUCAGAGGAAUCUGUCUCCACUGUAGAGGAACAAGAGAAUGAAACGCCACCUGCCACUUCAAGUGAGGCAGAGCAGCCAAAGGGUGAACCUGAGAAUGAAGAGAAGGAAGAAAAUAAGUCUUCUGAGGAAACCAAAAAGGAUGAGAAAGAUCAAUCUAAAGAAAAGGAGAAGAAAGUGAAAAAAACAAUUCCUUCCUGGGCUACCCUUUCUGCCAGCCAGCUAGCCAGGGCCCAGAAACAAACACCGAUGGCUUCUUCCCCACGUCCCAAGAUGGAUGCAAUCUUAACUGAGGCCAUUAAGGCUUGCUUCCAGAAGAGUGGUGCAUCAGUAGUUGCUAUUCGAAAAUACAUCAUCCAUAAGUAUCCUUCUCUGGAGCUGGAGAGAAGGGGUUAUCUCCUUAAACAAGCACUGAAAAGAGAAUUAAAUAGAGGAGUCAUCAAACAGGUUAAAGGAAAAGGUGCUUCUGGAAGUUUUGUUGUGGUUCAGAAAUCAAGAAAAACACCUCCGAAAUCCAGAAACAGAAAGAAUAGGAGCUCUGCAGUGGAUCCAGAACCACAAGUAAAAUUGGAGGAUGUCCUCCCACUGGCCUUUACUCGCCUUUGUGAACCUAAAGAAGCUUCCUACAGUCUCAUCAGGAAAUAUGUGUCUCAGUAUUAUCCUAAGCUUAGAGUGGACAUCAGGCCCCAGCUGUUGAAGAAUGCUCUGCAGAGAGCAGUAGAGAGAGGCCAGUUAGAACAGAUAACUGGCAAAGGUGCUUCGGGGACAUUCCAGCUGAAGAAAUCAGGGGAGAAACCCCUGCUUGGUGGAAGCCUGAUGGAAUAUGCAAUCUUGUCUGCCAUUGCUGCCAUGAAUGAGCCGAAGACCUGCUCUACCACUGCUCUGAAGAAGUAUGUCCUAGAGAAUCACCCAGGAAGCAAUUCUAACUAUCAAAUGCAUUUGCUGAAAAAAACCCUACAGAAAUGCGAAAAGAAUGGAUGGAUGGAACAGAUCUCUGGGAAAGGUUUCAGUGGCACCUUCCAGCUCUGUUUUCCCUAUUAUCCCAGUCCAGGAGUUCUAUUUCCAAAGAAAGAGCCAGAUGAUUCUAGAGAUGAGGAUGAAGAUGAAGAUGAGUCAUCAGAAGAAGACUCUGAGGAUGAAGAGCCACCACCUAAGAGAAGGUUGCAGAAGAAAACCCCAGCCAAGUCCUCGGGGAAGGCUGCAUCUGUGAAGCAGAGAGGGUCCAAACCUGCACCUAAAGUCUCAGCUGCCCAGCGGGGGAAGGCUAGGCCCUUGCCCAAGAAAGCCCCUCCUAAGGCCAAAACUCCUGCCAAGAAAGCCAGACCUUCACCCACAGUCAUCAAGAAACCUAGUGGUGGCUCCUCAAAGAAGCCUGCAACCAGUGCAAGAAAGGAAGUGAAAUUGCCGGGCAAGGGCAAAUCCACCAUGAAGAAGUCUUUCAAAGUGAAAAAGUAAAUUUUAUAGGACAAAAGGGUAUCAUGAUGAAAUUCAGAAUCUUAUUUUCUAAGGUCAGUGUGCAUUUGUUUAGUUUUGAUGCUUUUCAAAUUACAUUAUUUUCCUUCCCUAUGAGCACUGUAGGGAGGGACUAUAAAGAAACCAGUUAGGCAUUUGCUAGCUUUAGGUGCUGUUCUUGGUGCCUGCCUUUUCCCUUGUUCAUUUAAAUUUCUGCAAUAAUCCUGGACUUUUCCUAACUAUAUAAUCUAUACCUGUCCUUUUUCUCCCCCUACCCCAGCCCCCUAUCGUUUUAUGGUCAGCUUUGCCUUUUUUUCCCUUCCAAUUUUAUCUAAACAGUUGCAAAGAUUUUUAUAUUUUUAGAAAGCAUAAAGAACGGUGUGCCAGUCAGGUGCUGGAACUAAAAAGGAGGUGCAGUAUAGCACUGACUGAGUUGUAAAGCCUCCUGCCUGGAGAAUUCAGUUAUAGCUGUAAUAAUUAAUCUUAUUUAUAAAAACCACUCCACUAACCUUUUCUCUCCAACUGUAAACACAGAGACAGCUUUGGGAGUAAGCCAAAAACAGUGUGAUCUCAAUUAAAUUUUGAAGGUAUAUAACUCCUUUCGGCUAUUUUUCAUAUUGAUGAAUUUCUAGGUAUUUUUCACUGGCCCAAGGCAUUACAUUCCCUUAACAGCAAGCACAAGUUCUCUAUACCGCUUGUUUUUUUGUUGUUGUUGUUGUUUGAGACGGAGUCUUGCUCAUGCACCCUGGAGUGCAGUGGUGCAAUCUUGGCUCACUGCCAUCUCUGCCUCCUGGGUUCAGGCAAUUCUCCUGCCUCAGCCUCCCAAGUAGCUGGGUUUAUGUGUGUUCUCCACCACACCCGGCUAAUGUUUGUAUUUUUAGUAGAAUGGGGUUUCACCAUGUUGGCCAGGCUGGUCUCGAUCUCCUGACCUCGGGUAAUCGACUGUCUCAGCCUCCCAAAGUUCUGGGAUUACAGGAGUGAGCCACCAUGCCCAGCCUAUACCACUUGGUUUUUGACUGGAAGGGAAGUACAGAAAUACAUUGAUUUUUGUGGUGUUUUGGUGUCACCUGUGUUACCAAAAAUCAAAACAAAUCUUUUUUUUUUUUUUUUUGAGACGGAGUCUCACUCUGUCUCCCAGGCUGGAGUGCAGGGUAUGAUCUCGGAUCACUGCAGCCUCCGCCUCCCAAGUUCAAGCGAUUCUCCUGCCUUAGCCUCCUAAGUAGCUAGGACUACAGGCACAUGCUACCAUGCCCGACUAAAUUUUUGUAUUUUUAGUAGAGAUGGUUUCACCAUGUUAGCCAGGAUGGCCUCGAUCUCCUGACCUCGUGAUCUGCCUGCCUCGGCCUCCCAAAGUGCUGGGAUAUAGGAGUGAGCCACCUCACCCAGCCCAAAUCUUCUUGAUCAUGUUUAAAUAUAUUUUUUAAUAUUUGGAGCAUGAGUUGUCACUUCUUGUUUGCCUUUUUUAUAAGGAAAUGUUGGAGAGUUACAUCAUUGCCAACGUAGAAAUGUUAAGUGGAAAAAUAUACAAUUUGCUAAAAUAAAUGAGAUUCCACAUUCAUUUGUGGUUUUUUUUUCCCCCUCCUUUCUUUCCACAGCACUUUUGAUAUCAAGCAAGUGGCUUUCUUUUUGAGAUAUUAAAAAGAAAAGAAAAAAAAGUAAAUGAAGCCCAACUACCUUUCUUUCUUGUAUUUGUUUUAGUAUUGUGAAGUUGUGUUAAAUAGUACUAGCUAGAAAUACCAAUUUCUGGUUAUCAUUUCUCUUCCCUGUGGCACUUGACAUUUUAAUUGUCUUAAAGUUUUUGAAGUACAUCUGGCCCUCCUGAGUACUGCCAGAGGCAAAAGAUGUUUGUUUCUUACUCAUUCCGCUUUUGUCUCCUGGGAUCCCUUCUGUAGCCUAAGUAUGGCUGGGAAAUGGACUUGAGAAGAUUGGCUUGAAUUAGAGCAUAAUCAUCUGUGAUCCCAUCAUGAGUUCAUUGGAAUUUGUGUUGCAUGUAAGGCAAUCUUUCCUGUUGUAAAUCUUCCUUUUUUUAUGUACAUAUAUUUUGAAAAAUAUGAAUAAACAUGAAAUUUUAAAA